UGAAGUAUAUAUGUAUAUAUAUAUAUAUAUAUAUAUAUAUAUGUAUGUAGUGUCACCGCUCGCCUCUGAAUCGCCGAAACCGAAUCCGAAAUUCGAUAACGAAAUAGGGAAAGAGAAGACCAUGGAACAGCUUGCCAAUCACCGCAUUUCCAGAAUUUCUGCUCAUCUUCAACCUCCCAAUCUUCAGAUGGAGGAGAGUGGGAGUUUAGGAAGGGUGAAUUGCCGGGCGAAAGGCGCGGCGCCGGGGUUCAAGGUGGCGAUUCUGGGAGCUGCAGGUGGAAUUGGGCAGCCUCUCGCCCUGUUGAUGAAGAUGAAUCCUCUGGUUUCGGUGCUUCACCUAUACGACGUCGUGAACACCCCCGGCGUUACCUCUGAUAUCAGUCACAUGGACACCGGUGCCGUGGUGCGGGGAUUCUUGGGUCAGGCUCAGCUGGAGGAUGCCCUGAUUGGCAUGGACCUUGUAAUCAUUCCGGCCGGAGUUCCCCGGAAACCCGGAAUGACGAGGGACGAUCUGUUCAAGAUCAAUGCGGGGAUUGUCAAGACUCUUUGCGAGGGCAUUGCAAAGAGCUGCCCAAAUGCCAUCGUCAACUUGAUAAGCAAUCCUGUUAACUCCACGGUCCCCAUUGCUGCUGAAGUUUUCAAGAAAGCUGGCACAUUCGACCCGAAGCGCCUUUUCGGAGUUACUAUGCUUGAUGUUGUCAGGGCCAAUACCUUUGUGGCGGAAGUUUUAGGUCUUGAUCCUAGGGAUAUUGAUGUUCCAGUUGUUGGUGGCCACGCAGGGGUUACAAUUUUACCUCUUUUAUCUCAGGUUAAACCUCCAUGCUCUUUCACUGCACAAGAAAUUGACUAUCUAACUGAUCGCAUUCAGAAUGGGGGAACAGAGGUUGUUGAGGCAAAAGCUGGAUCUGGUUCUGCAACACUAUCCAUGGCAUAUGCUGCUGUCAAGUUUGCAGAUGCAUGCCUUCGUGGCUUGAGAGGAGAUUCUGGGAUUGUCCAAUGCGCAUUUGUGGCUUCUCAGGUGACUGAACUUCCUUUCUUUGCAUCCAAAGUACGGCUGGGUCGUACUGGAGCCGAGGAAAUAUACCCUCUUGGUCCCCUGAAUGAGUACGAGAGGGUUGGUUUGGAGAAGGCAAAAAAGGAAUUAGCUGCGAGCAUAGAAAAGGGGGUUUCCUUCAUAAGAAAGUGAGUUUAUGCCAAUGAGAGUUUUUCUUGAAGACAUGUUGUGGAUUGACCUAUACUUGUCCUAAACAUUAGGUGAUGAUAGGAAAUAAGUGAUUAAUGUAAUUGUGGGGUCUGUUCUUUUGUAACAAAAACAUAAACGAAACGUAGUAAGACACACAAAGGGUUCCGAUGUAUGUGAGCAUAGCUUGUGGGGGGAUCAUAAGUUGAUGAUCUCGUAAUAAAUAGAUGGGUCAGUUUCUGUACGCAAGAAAUGAAUUAUUUGGUUUGUAAAGACCCUAUUUUUCAGCCAAAAAAAUAAAAAAAAAGAAAAAGUUUUCUGUAUCAA